AUGUUAGGGAGUUACCCUGACUGUAUCUUGAGCCAUUCUCAAGAAUUGCAAAUAAUCCCGGGUGUUGGGGCUAACAUUACGGUUGGUGACAACUUGGUGUUUAACGAUAACGUGCUCAAGGCCCGCGAUGAACAAUUUGUCUUUGCAGGUCCUCACGCUCUUGCUUCAUGUGGAAAUCUUACUCUUUCUGGCUCCCAGUCUGUUGGAGGUGGCAGUCGCCCACUUACUUAUGAAUGGAAAUUGACAUCACCUAACAGUGGGCAAGAUUUCACAGACAUUACAAACGUCCUCAACGAGCUUAGAUCAGAUGCCGAUCGUGUUAAGUUGCCCGGGACAAUGUUUGAGACCGACAGAGCCUACGAGUUUAAGCUUAAGGUGGCCAACUUUCUGUAUCCAUCAAGCUUUGAAGAAGUUACCCAUGUGAUUAGAAAAGCUACUGAGCCAGUCCCUGCCUUGACGCUCAGUUCAGGUAUUGAACUUACUGAGGGAGAAGUCUUUGUCUCGGAGGACCUGUCAAUCAAAGCAAGUGCAAUUGUUGCUCCUUGUGUAAACGAUACUCGAGUGGACUUUUCAUGGGCUGUUACAUGCCGUGAUGCAAGCGCCCUACUAAAAGUGGAGUCCAGUGCCUCGUUUCAGGCCACUAAACACCAGGCCACCCUCAGAGUAGAUCGAGGGGUACUAACUGCUGACCUCAACUUCACGUUUAACGUGACAGCAAGUAUGAACUACGAUCCUACUGUCCAGAGCUCCGCCGGCCAAAUCGUCAGAGCUAUGCCCAGUCCACUUCAACCGGCAAUAGUUGGAGGUUAG